GAAGGAAAGUGCUUAUGUGUUCUGUUGCUGAUAUAUCAGCAGAGAGAGAAUGGUCGGGAUCCUUUAGUUUCAAAGAGAAAGAAGAAGAUGGAAGUGCAAGAGACUGAGAGUGGAAGAAUCGAAGAGACAUAGACUAUUAUUUUUUUUAAUUACAACUUCUGAUCUUUUCAAAAUUAAUAGAGUAAACACAUUAAACAUUUAUAACAUAUAUGGUUUAAUUUUUUACACUUCUUAUAACACAAAAAUUCAUGGAUACGUCUAUUUUUCUGCAAAAACGUUUCCGGAACGUCUCCUUCUCUGCCCAAGCCCGUACCCGACUAUUCUUGACGUCCCGGGUUCACCUCACACAUAUUGGGGACGUUUCCUAUGCAUACCCGAGACGUCCCCGUCCCCCAACGAACCCGGUACGUGAGACGGCACCAAGUUGGAGUACCCGUGCAACCUAGCUCUCGAUCUCCCCCUCUUUACUCUUUACAUCAAAAUCUCAAGCCCUUCAAAAACACAAAACAGAGGGAUCCCUAAAAAUAGUUAGGGCUGAGUCGAGAACCAAAUCUUAUUCAUUCUAUCUGAGUUUCCUUUCCGUGGGACCUUUAAUUCAUCAAGAAUGGCGUAGAAGACACUCCAAGACUAAUAGAUAUGAAGACACUUCAUAAUGAAGGUAAGGUUAUAUAGUCUCAAACGUUUGAAUUGUAUAUUACUCAAGAAUAUAAUUUUAUUAUGCAUCCGUUUGUAAAAGUCAAUCCAGGACAACGGUUUUACCAUGUCCAGUCAAAAAUCCAAGUACCCUGUACUGCAGCUAGAUUAAGGUAAGUAUAGCUUUAGUUAGGAAGUUCUUGGUUCGGUAUAUUUUGUAAGAAUUUACCUUACGCUAAUGUAGGGAACUUCUUUCCGGACGAUUAUUUUGGCACUUGAAUGAUCGGCCUGUUACAGCACUAUUUAUUAUCUAGAAUACUUAUAUGGAAGGUCAUUACUGGGUAUCUAUUGCCUGGAUCUAUCAUUGGGCCAGGUGGGUUAAGCUUGUACAGUGAAAUAGUCUUACAUCAGCGUACGUUCUUCAAAGUUCCUCUUUGGCAACAGCUCUACUCCCAUAUGUACGAAAACUAAUGUUUAAUAGUUUCUGUAACGCUUUAUAAAAUAUGUGUUUCAACCGCAGCUUAGGAGUUGCAGCAUGAGAAGCUUUAACACGUGCUUGAGACAAUGGAAGGGAUUUAGAACAAGGAACAUGUGCCAAUUGGAGACCUUCACGUGUACUUCUCCAAUUCAAAUGACCAGUCAAGACCCAUGAAGCUGCUGGUUUCCUGUGUAAAGCUCGGAUCGUUGGUGUUCUCCAGCAAAAUGGUUGGAUCAUUUGAGGGGAGUCAGGAUCUUGAGAAAUCAGAACUGAUCUUGAGAAAUCAGAACAGCUGCUGGAGACUGCGGAAGAGUUAUUAUCUAAGGUUGAGAAAGAGGCAAAGAAACUGAAGACUGAGCUUGAAACUGUCAAGGAGGAGAAGAAACAUAGUUUAAAGAGAGAACAAAUGCUAUCGGAAGAGAAGAAUAAGAUCUUGUCAGAGCUGGAGAGGUCGAAAGAGGAAGAGGAGAAGAGUGAGAUAGCUAUGCAAAGUUUAGCUUCAGCAUUGCACCAAGAAGCAAGCAAGUUGAAAGAAACGUUGUUGAGCCUAGGUUGUCAGGACUAUGAGACACAUAUAGAAGAUCUGAAGCUGGUCAUCAAAUCAACAAACUUGAAAUACGAGAAGACACUUCACGAGGUGGAAAUAACCAAGAAACAGUUUGAGAGCUCAAUGGUGGAUUGGGAGAUGAGAGAAGCCGGUUUGGUGAACCACGUGAAGAAGUUUGAUGAAGAGGUUUCUUCAAUGGGGAAAGAAAUGAACAGGUUGGGUAAUUUGGUGAAAAGGGCAAUGGAAGAAGCUGCUGCAGCAUUGAAGAAAGAAUCUGAGAUGAAAGAUGAUCUUAAAGAUGUGGAAGAUGAGGUGAUUUAUCUUCAGGAAUUAUUUUGUUCAUAAUUAUAUGUAUAUUAUCUAAUUUUGAGCAAUAAGCAUCAUUAAUAUAAAUCAAUACCAUUAAAAGAAGAUCAUUCACUUAAUGAAAAUUACACUUUCUCAAAAAUACCCUUAUUUUUACAAAGGAUGAAAAAAAUUCAUUAACGGCAUUUAAGUCUUUUGGUUUUGGGCCUACAUAUACACCUAAAUAGAUCUAUAAAUAAUGGGCCUAUAUAUAUUUAAAAGAUAUACUAAUUUUAAAUAUAAUAUAUGUAUAAAUAUAUUACGAACUAUAAAUAAAUUAGCAAACAUGAAAAUAUCAUUUUCUUAAAUAUACAUAUCAAUAUUCAAAACAGAUCAUUUGAAUAUUAUACAUUUUUUCAAUACAAAUCAAAAUCCUAUAUCCUAUACCAUAUAUCAUAUACAUAUUUGAAUAUCAUUUUUCCAUUUAUAAUGUCAUUUUAUACAUAAUAUUGAUAUGACAAUUACGAGUGUUCAAGAAAAUUUUAAAAACUAUAUUAAAAUUAAU